AUUUACAAGGGGAAGACUGGGAACUGUAUAAAAGGGCUCAGUCCCUUUGCCUCUCACAAUCUGCUCCCCUGCUCAGUGUCUGCCUUCUCCUUGUGAAUUGGAUUUUCCCUACAACGCCACCAUGAUAUACUCCUCUGGAAGGGAAUCCUACUUCAACUUGAACUCGACCUGGUACGACCCCUCAGGGUCCUGGCUGGACAUGCGGCGCACGCCCUUUCGCUACGGCUAUGAGACCUGCUCCUCGGGGUGCGACGGCGAAGGCGUGGAAGGAAUGAGGGGGCACAACUACCGGCACUAUGGCUACCGGCAGCCGGUCUGCUCCGAGCGGUGCCAUGGCUACACAGCAGCUGAUUCGUGCCACGAAGGCGGGGGCUGCGUCAGGAGACCCACCUACAGCUACGGCUCCACGGGGGGAUGCCACGGCUACGGGCGGUCGGUGUGCUCUGAGAGGUGCCACACGUCCUCGGGUUCAUGCCAUGGAGGUGGUGGCUCCAGCUGCGUCAGGAGACCCACCUACAGCUACGGCUCAACCGGGGGAUGCCAUGGCUACGGGAGGUCGGUGUGCUCUGAGAGGUGCCACACAUCCUACGGAGGAGGAUGCCACGAGACCCGCCAGAGCUCAGGGUACCAGCCGUGCUGCAGCAAGCCAGUGCAGCGGGUCCCACAGAUCUGCCCACUGCCCACCUGCCCCGUCCCAGUGCAGCAAGGCUGUGUGCCCGUGGCAAAGUGUGUCCCCAGCCAGCAGAAGCAGCAGGUCUGCAAAGUGCCGGCCUGGAAAAUAAAAUAGGAGAUGCGAGGAGUGGGGAUGAACGGGAAACUUCUCAUCCUCGCAACAUUGCCCCAGUUUUCGGCAUGUCCUGUAUCACUCAAGGAUUUCCACUCUUCUUGUCAUUUUGCUUGUAACGUGCUUUGAAGAUGUAACCUACUGUCUCAGUGUGAAAUAUUAAGUGCUCUUCCUCAUUUUGUAAUGAAACACCCUGCACUGUGAUCGAUUCACGUCCCACAGUUCUUUCACAGCAGAUGCAGAGGCAAUAAAAAGUAUAGCUCUUGA